GGAUGCAGGAAAGUUGGGAUCAGAUCCCCGCUCCAAUGAAUAGUUAACUGUUUUUAUCUGCUCCUUUGAGCCCGAAAAAUUCCUGACCUGCUCAUUCUCAGCUGUCUUUUGUGUAAGGCUGAUCCUACAGGCAUAUUCUGAAGAUUGGGUCCCCGCUGGUGAAAUGUAGGGAAUGCUUAUUUUGAGAAUCCCACUGAGGCUGAAGUGUCAGUAAGGGCACCGAGUAUCUUGUUUGCUAUGGGGCAGCGUGAGGACUUACUUCGUUUGCUUUGUGUAUGCUAAGUGGUAGAAACUUAGACACCGGCAGAGUUAGGUGGCAUCAGAGUGGCAAUUUUGAGAAUGUCAGUGACACCAAAUGUUGGACUUAGGUGCCUAAAGAGGCAAUUUAGGCACCUGCAUACCUUUUCGAAUCUGGCUCUUUGUUCUUGAUAUAACGGAAAAAAACCCUUUCUUAUUGGGCUUAAUCCUACUGGUCGUAGAUUUUCAUUGAUACUAGUAGCUUCCCUUCUCAGUUGUCAGUAAAUAGAUUAGAUGGGUAGUCCAGGUCAUAUAUAGCAAGUACUGGAACUCUUCUUGCCUGGGUGGAUUUUGUAGACUGGCUUCUGAAUUGCUAAGGUUGUAAUUUUGCUAAAUUCUGGUUGGGUACACUGUAAAGCCACAUUUGGAUUGAACUGACCCUAAGUGAUAAACUAGCUGAAACCUAACUGCAAAUAGUAAUAUUUAAUGGGGGCAUUAAUUUGGGGAAGACAACAAUUUUUAUCUUCUUCCCCACCUGCCCUGGAAUUUUUAACUGAUAUUCAAAAAAUGACCGUGCAGCUUUCAACUGCAAAUGUAGCCCCAAAGACAUAACUUGCUCUCCUGCUCCUCUCUUUCCCUUUCAUAGCUUCCCUGCUGAGAGGGACCUUUCUUGGGGGCAAAGGGUGUCAACAAUAAGUUGAGAUGGUUGAGGAAAGAGAGAGAGAGACUGAUCUUUUCCUAUGAGCUUGGAUGCUAUUUUGGCAGCACUUUUGGACCUCAAGCAAUUUUAAACUUGCUUUCUACUGUCAAAGCUAAGUGAGCAGGUAACAAAAUAUUGCAGUAUUGCCAACCACAGAAGUUCAAAAAUCAUGAGUCAGGCUGCCUCAAAAAUAAGAUUUAAAAAAUUAUAAUAAAGUAUCGUGUUUUGGUCUGUCUUUGGAAAUAUUAAUACGCUCACCCUGUUCUCCUGACACCUAAUGUGUAUGUAACUGUUCAGGUCUUGCCAACUUGUGCAAAUGUAUUGUGAGUAAUGAAUGGGAUUGUGAUUGAAGCCUCUAAUGUAGAAACUUUUAAUUAAAAAAAAACAAUUGAAGUUGGGGUCCCGUUGUUCUAGGUGCUGUAUACUAAUAAGAGGCAGUCUCUGCCUCUGAGAGCUUAUAAUCUAGGGGUGCUAUAUUGUCUACUAAUGUAGCUCUCCUCCCAGUAGAAGAGUUGGGUAACUUUAAUAUCGAGGGGAAGUGCUUUGCAGCAAACACUCAGGGUGGCCAGUUCAUGUGAAAUUUCUAUGACUCUUAUAACUUCACUUUGUCUUAGCAGCCACUUGCAAACUUGCUAGCAGCUGUGUUUCAGCUCAGUAUUUCUGACUAUGGCCUCUAGAGGCCUCUGUUGGCAACCAAGCAAGAGGCCUCUGUUGGCAACCAAGCAGGUGGCUUUGGAGCGCAGGUUCCUCCAUGAGGCACCCUGACUCCCUGAAGAACUUCCACCCUGUUCCUUGCUUUGUAAGCAGUGAGGGAGUUGCCAGCCGGCCAGUCAGAAGCAGUAGCUCCUUUGCAGUUUAAUGUAAUGCCAAGGAAGGUGGGAUGGAAAAGUGAAAGCAAUGGGGAUGUAUAGAGAUAGAAGAGAAUGAUCUUUACCUCCCUCCACCGGCACCAGAGGUGCUCUGUGCUGGCCCCACCUGCCCUCUGCUGCAAAACUAUGAGGGGAAGGGGCCUUAGAAGGAGCGGGACAGGGGCAAAGGUGCCAGCACCCAGAUCAAGGUGUAUAUGGCAGGUAAUUAGGGAGAGUUUCCCAGGGAAUUCUUAAGGUGAGCAUAGGAGGAUGCUGGGGAGAGUGCCCCUCCUAUCUGUGAGGAGGAAGAGGAGGGUAUUUCCUUGUGUGUGUGUGUUUCAUGUACAUAUCAGCAGGGUGGUCUUCCAGUUCUGAAAUAUAAAAUCAGAAGACAGACUGAAAAUUAAAUAUGACAUACCCUACUUCAUUAGAGUGCCCCUGAGGGUUCAGUCGUACUUGGGAAUGCUUGAUGGGGGACACGUAACAAUUUUUAAGUUAGUCUCAUGAGUUUUUGUUCUUGUGCCCCUUUGGGGGUUGUUAAUAGGAAAUAUUUGAUGGUGAUGUAACCAGGUGUGAUACUGACCCUUUUAAUGGCCAUGAGCAGGGUCCCUAAGCCUGCCAUCAUCUCUGGAUGGAACGAGAGGAAGAGCCGUGUGCUCCAGUUCUCCAGGACUCCGAGGAAAGGGAGAUCAUCUUUGGGGCCUCCACAGGAGACAGUGAGAGUGUGAGUGAGCAUGAGGAGAAGAACCCCCAGGAAGAUGGUCCUGAGAAUGUGGAACAGUGUGGGACGAUAUCAGAGGGGUUUGAAGAGAAUGUCUUCCAGAACCCUGAUGAGGAGGAGGCCUAUAAGGGCCAAUACAUGUCAGAAACGCAGCAGGGAGACCUUCCUGGUAAGAUACUGGGUAACUCCAUUCAUCCAGAAAGAAAUUUGGAGGCUCUCCAAGGUAUCAUCAUCCACCAGAGAAUUCCUAUAGGGGAGAGAUCCUAUGUAUAUACUGAAUGUGGGGAGGGCUUCAGUCAGAGCUUGAACCUUACACAGCAUGAGAUAACACAAACGGGAGAGAAACCUCAUAAAUGUACUGAAUGUAACAAAAGUUUCAGUUGGCGCUCAGACCUAAUUAAACACCAGAGAACCCACACAGGUGAGAAACCCUACAUAUGUAGUGAAUGUGGGGAAAACUUUAGUGUGAGCUCUCACCUUUUCACUCACAAGAGAACCCACACAGGAGAGAGACCUUUCCUCUGUAACGAAUGUGGGAAAAGCUUCAGCCGGAACUCUCACCUUAUUAACCACCAAAGAAUCCAUACCGGAGAGAAGCCCUUUGAAUGUGCUCAGUGUGGGAAGAGCUUCAGUGAUUUCUCAACACUCACCCAGCACCAGAGAACCCACACGGGUGAAAAACCCUAUGUAUGUGUUGAAUGUGGGAAAAGCUUCAUCCAGAGCUCACACCUUGUCAGGCACCGGAGAAUCCACACAGGAGAGAAAUCCUAUAAAUGUGCUGAGUGUGGGAAAAGCUUUCGAUACAAGAGUCACCUUGCCCAACAUCAUAAACUCCACAUGGAGUAAAAAGCACAGCCAUGAGAGCCCCUGUCCUGCUCACAGAAACUGAUGCAUAAAUUAUUAUAUGAUGUGAUGACAUCGAGAAGAAACUGUAAAAGGAGGGGGCACAUUCUUAGUGCAAGUAGAUUGUUCUAGGAUGGAUGGGGGCGCUGAGUGUUGGGAAUGAGUUUGAUGUUGAUAGGAAUCAAUCAUUUGCGGAUCGGGAGGAACAAGAUGAGAGAGGCAGCUGGGGGAGUUGAUCAUUUGGGAUUCAGAGGGCUGGGAGGUGGGAGGAAUUAGGGUGCGGAGGGAAUUUGGUGCUAAGGAACAUUGUUUGGAGUACAGCAAAAUAGAGGGACAAGAGGGGAAAUAUAUAUUUCAUUGUCUUAUUAAGAAGUCAAAAAUGAUAAAUUUAGGCUCCAAGAUGUCAGAGCCAGUGUCCUGGGAAAUGCCUCACUUACUGAACUGAGGAAGACAAAGUGCCCUUUGUGCUCUCUGGCAUUGUCUCCAGCAGUGGUUUCCUCAUUUUAGAUUAUAUUUAUUUGUAGCUGCUAUUUUAGGAGCUCAGUUAAAUCUGGGCAAAAAUAUCCCAGUUUUCUGGUACAUGUUAUAAUAUCUAAUUUUCUGUUGCGUUGUGUCUCCCCCUCUGAAAUAAAACUUUUUAAAAAAAAAACAACCCUAUGUUCUCCCAUCUUAUCUCCUACUGUCCUGUUUCUAGGGUAGAAUGGCCCUGUAUAGCUUAGAGUCAACUUCACUGAAAAGGAACAAAGCAGUCUUGUUAGGACCUAUCUAGACUAGAAGAAUUAACUGGUGUUAGCAAACACGUUUGCUAAGCACACCUCAUCUUCCCAGUGUAGAUAGGGCCUUCAUGGUCACUGCUCAAAAAUGAUUUGUCUAGUACACAUUGAGAGCCAUGUCCAUCCCUGGAGUUAGCUGAGUGAACCAGGGCUGAAUGUAUCUUUUAGCUGCUCUGGAGUUUUACUGUCAGGAACCUCAUACUUCACUUUGCCUCUGGCUAGUCCUGGUCACAGCUCCAUACCAUACUGUGCAAAGAUUAUGCUUGCUCACUCUAAUGUUGGGAGGAGAGCCUUGUCCCCUGCCUGCAGACUGUGCUUGUGCCAUUUGUGUGCAGCCACGUUUCAAGUCAGUACCCUGCCUAUCAGUUUAUAGGGUAUUCAGCCACAAUAUUAUCAAACAUAAUAGCGCCUCCACAGGUCAGGUAAACUGCAAAAGGUUUGUUAAAAACUAAAGGCAGGUUUCUAAGGUCCCUAAAAAGAAUUGUAGGGAGGUAUGCAAAAUCAAACGGUAUGAAAAACAGCGCUUAUUUGGGCACAGAUUCUUGAUAGGAAGGUGUUCAUGGAUACUCAAAGUUCCCACAGCAACCACAAGGGAGAAGCACUCAGCCAUGUUCCCCCCAGCCAUGCACUUAGAUUCACAGACUCUAGGACUGGAAGGGACCUCGAGAGGUCAUCGAGUCCAGUCCCCUUUCCUCAUGA